AUAAAGGGUUUUUUUUGGGGGAUUUAGUUGGUUUCUAGUUUGUACAUACAUGUACAAUUCCCCCAAUUUCCCUUACCCAAAUCCCUAAUCUUCUCUUGCCAUAGAAAUCCAGCCAAAGACCACCAACAGUCGCUGCCGUCGCCUGAUUCCCUACCUUCCCCCUUCUCCCUCUCCUUCGAUUUCUCGCCUCACUCUCCCGCACAUACUAGAAUGUACACUGAGGAGCGUUCAGAUAUAUCUGGAAAGAUGGACAAUAGAAAGGAGGAAAAGGAAGACAUAUCUGUUCAAAUAAAGGUCUUGUUCUUUGCUCGAGCAAGAGAUCUAACUGGAAUGACAGACACGAUGUUGGAAGUUUCACCAGGUACUACUGCUCAUGAUUGCUUGAAUAAGCUUAUUAUCAAAUUUCCAGGCCUUGAAGAGAUCCGUAACUGUAUGGUACUUGCUCUAAAUGAGGAAUACACCCCGGAGUCAGCUGUUGUUAAAGAUAGAGAUGAAUUGGCUAUCAUACCUCCUAUAAGCGGAGGGUAAUACACUUCUAACCAUGUUUAAGUAAUCGAAAUGUGAAAACAUUGGGUGAUCUUUAUUUUCUUGAAUACUUUUUUGAGCAAUCCUGCAAGUGUAUUAUAGAUAACAAAUAAAAUCUGCAAUGAGACAUGUGCCCAAGUGAUGAAGUAAAAUGCUGUACCAACAGAUUUGAAAAUCAAGAAUAUUUCGUGGAUUCUAUAUCUUACAUUUUUUGUACA